AUGGAUCUCAAAGGACUUAAUUACUUUACCUGUACUUUGGGACAAUCCGCUUUAUGGCAGCAGCAACAGCAGUCAAAAGGAAUUAAAUCGGCCUUUACGACUGUACUUGAAGUGGUCGAUGAGCAGGCCAAGGACCUUCCAGAAUCACCUGCGCUCGGCUUUGCAGAUUUUUCUUCCAAGGGCCAAUCUCAUGAGACACCGUAUGUAACAUUCGAACAACUAAGCGAACUCUCUAAAUCAGCCGCGUGCGUCUUGACGAAGAUUGUUGGUUCAGCUACCGCGACCGUUGGAUUGAUAAGCACCAGCGAUCUCAACUUUGUGUUGACAUGGCUUGGUCUGAUGCGCCUGGGACACACUGUGUUCCUUCUUGCACCGCAGUUAGAAACUGCUGCGCUCAAGCAUUUAUGCGAAGGCUCAGGGGUGAAAAAUAUUUUACUCGGUGGAAGUCAACAGCAGAAGGCAUUACAGCCUAUUGAAGGUGUUUCGUUCGAAAAGAUUCCAGACUAUAACCAUGGCGAAGUAAAUAUAAACCUAGCAACAUACCUGGAUGUUUCGACCUCUGAUGCUGCUUACUUGCGCCAUACCUCGGGCACAUCGACAGGCAUGCCCAAGCCAAUUGUUCAAAGGCAUUGGGGCGCUGUUGGUGUCUGUCCACGGUUGACUGGAAACGAGGAUAAAGCUACUUUCACGACUACGCCCCUCUAUCAUGGCGGCUUGGCGGACUGCUUCCGAGCCUGGACGGCCGGAGCAAUGAUAUGGUUUUUCCCUGAAGGGGUUGUUCCGGUUACAGAGACCAAUAUCAUCAAAGCCAUACACUAUGCCCAUAAGCAGAGCCCUCCCAAUGUAGCAGUGGCAUACUUCACGAGCGUGCCAUAUGUUCUGCAAAGUCUUGCCGGAGAUCGAGAAGGAUUGAAAUUGCUCCAAACGAUGGAGCUUGUCGGAGUCGGAGGCGCGGCUCUCGCUGCUUCGGUAGGCGAUGAACUCGUGGGAAAGGGCGUUCGCCUAGUGUCCCGAAUGGGGAGCGCCGAAUGCGGCUUUUUGAUGUCCUCACACCGAGAUUACGACACAGAUAAGGAAUGGCAGUAUCUUCGACCUGUUGUUGAUGAGCGACUUCUAUCUUUUGAACCUCGAGACGGGGGUCUGUUCGAGCUUGUCGCUAAGAAAGGCUGGCCCCUUCGAGCAAAGCAGAACCGGCAGGACGGCUCCUAUGCGACCUCAGACCUGUUCCAACCACAUGGCCAUAUACCGAAUGCUUGGCGCUACCAUAGCAGGUCUGAUGCCCAGAUAACUUUGGUGAAUGGUAAGAAAUUCGACCCUGCUCCGCUCGAAAGCUUAAUAGUUGCUUCUGUCAAGCAACUGGAAGACAUGUUUGUAUUUGGUACUGGCAAGGAUUUUGCAGGUGCCCUCUUGUUCCCUAAAGACGAAAGACUAUCCGACAAGAAGCUCUUGGAAGCUGCGUGGCCAGUGAUUGAGCAAGCGAAUACAAACUCACAGAGUCAUGCUCGUCUAGCAAGGUCGACCCUAGUCGUAGUUUCCAAGAAGGGGGGCGAUCCAGCGCUUGAGAAGAGCAGUAAAGGAACUGUUAUGAGACGCCAAGCUGAAGAGAGGUAUGCGGACUUGAUCGAGUCCGUUUACAACCCUUCAGGUGAUGAAACCCUUAUUCAAGAACAUUUGAAGUACGAUGAGCUUCAAUGUAUCAUAAUCGAAAAGUUUGCUCAGGUGCUUGACAGGGAGAUCAAUCCGGCCGAAGACUUAUUCAGACAGGGCGUUGACUCCAUCGCUUGCAUACAAGUGCGCAAAUUGAUUGCGGCAAGUCUUCUGCCACCAGGUUCUGGCUCUCUGCCCCUCAACGUCAUAUACGAGCAAGGGACAGUUGAGAAUCUGUCAAUCUACAUUCAGAACCUACGUCAAGGUGGCAAAGAGGUAGCAACACUAUCGAAUGGUCACGUUAUAGACUCAGAUCUCAAACUCAUGUCCAAUUUCGCUCGGAAACAUGGAAAUUUCAGCUCCGUGCCCGUGGCACCAGCAAAAACAACGAAACAAAACCAUACUGUCACGCUUACCGGAGCAACGGGCGCACUAGGCGCACAUAUUCUGCACUCCCUCCGUGAAGACACCAGCAUUCAGCGAGUCUAUUGUCUUAUACGAGCGCAGACACCCGUUGCUGCGCAUGAGCGAGUAUCAAAAGGACUCUGGAAGCGAGGACUGCAAGGCCUGCAGGAUUUGAAAUCGUACCCAGAUUUUGAUAACAAGAUCGUGUGCCUUCCGUGCAACCUGUUCGAUAAAGGGCUCGGACUCUCGGAUGAAGACGGCAAGCGCAUCAGCCACGAGUCGGCGCUCGUCAUCCAUGCUGCAUGGACAGUAAACUUCAGUCUUCAAUUGGGUUCCUUUGAAGAUCAUCUGGAAGGGCUGCAUCAUUUACUCCAGUUUGCACUAUCUUCUGGGUCGCAUUUCGUUUUCGUAAGCUCAACAGCUUCUGUUGGUGCUUCACGUGAAGAGCGCAUACCGGAGGAGAAGUCCAUCAAUUCCUCGGACGCGUCUCCUUUGGGAUAUUCGAGGUCAAAGUGGGUAGCGGAGCAGAUUUGCGCUGCUGCAGGUGAGCGUUGCAAUGCGAUGGAGCAUGAGAUGGGAUAUGUUGCUCGUCCCAAAAUCUCGAUUAUCAGAGUGGGCCAGCUAUGCGGGAACGCAGCUGGCGUCUGGAAUGCCAGUGAAGCAUAUCCACUUAUGCUAUCAACCGCCAAGAUCACCGGCAGCUUGCCGGACUUACGAGAUGAAGGCCUCAAUUGGUUGCCUGUCGAUCAAGCUGCUACUGCAGUCCUUGAGAUAGCGUCGGGUGUUGGUCGUCACGCGAUAAAAGCCGAUGGUGUAUCGGUAUAUCACACCUUAAACCCGCACAAGCAACCAAGAUGGCAUGAGAUGCUUGACUGGCUCAAGACGGAUGAAGACCAUACGCCGUUCGAGGUGGUUCCGCCUUCCGCAUGGCUUAGCCGUUUGGAGGAAGCUGUGGACGGUCAAGCUGCAGAACAUGCCUCACAAACGUUAUUGGGAUUUUGGCAGAGGAGAUAUCGAGCCCAACCCAGUGAUGAAAAUGAAGGCACCGGUGAUGGCAUGACCCGGAAGCCUACCUUUGAGACGAGCAAGACCUCAGGUGUAUCAGUGAGCAUGGCCAAGAUACAGCCACUCAGUCAAGAUCAAGUGUUGAGGAUGUGGGAUUGGAUAUGUAACAAUGUCGGUUUUGACACGAAGGAGUAG